AUCAAAAAUAGAGUAUUCCAUUUAAAAAAGUUAAUGUGAUUUUGAUGUGACCUUGACGACGCCAUCCAAGGUCAAACUGAUAAGAUCAGUAAAUAGCUUUUAUAAUCCUAUAUAACCUCUUUAAAUUUCAACUUACAUUGGUAUAUACGUACGAAUGGCCGUGCGCGCGCGCACACGCGCGCAAGGACGCACACGCGCACGCAGUAAAAAGGGUUUGGAGUCAGUAAAUACUAUGUGAAUGACGAACCAUGAGUUCCUUAUCUUUGCUGGCACAAAUAUAUACGCGCGUGAGCGCACACGCAGCAUCCAAAAAAAUUUAUACGUACCAAUAUACAUUUAUGAGCAAGCAUACAAGUUCAAACUAGUGUAGACAUAUGAGCCGACGUCAUGAAAGAGACCUUCAAAUAUUUUUAAUUCUGACACUAGACAUAGAAAUGUUCUAAAAAUUGAGGUUCUUCAUUAGAAAUGCAAGUACAAUAACAUAUAAAAAAUUCAAGCAAAUCGACCAAAUACAUUUUUUUCAUAUAAAUCGUGCGUGGUCCUUUGUGCUCAGUGGACAAAAGUACACCGAAAAUACCCAUUUACACUUAAAAAAAAAGAACAAGCAUUUUUGCACAACGUGUAUUACAUGGAAAAAAAACCGUCUUUAAAUUACUAUAAUUCAGAAACAAAAAAAAAUAAAUCAAAGUACAAUUUAAAAGUCGAUACUUUUUGGUUUAACAAAGUUUGAAAAAAAAAUUUCCCAUUGAUUCUACAACGCCAUAAACACCGUCAAAAAAAUAUUUUUUUAUGCUAAUCUUCUCAAAAUUGUGAACCAAUUAUCAAAUUGUACAAUUUGUACAACAAAUUCGUAUUUAGCAGGCAAAAAUACAUAAGAAUCACCAUUCAAUUCUUAAACUACAGAAACGCAUGUUGCCCAGUAUAAUUUAAUAAAAUUUCCAAUCGAUAUCAUCUAAUAUUAGGUAAAUCAAUAAAAAAGAGGAAUAAAUUUCAUAAUUUUUUUACAGGAACUUAAUAAAAACGUUCAACAAUCAUGGAACAAGUUAUUUCGAAAUAUGACACAAGUGAUGAAAUAUUUUGAAAACAUGGAACCUGGUUUUACUUAUCAUAUUCGUCUAAACUUAAAUAUUUCAGGUGUACAAAUACACAGCGAUUGGAAAGUAGUUGAGACUAAAUGCAAUCCGGCUGAAAACUUCGACGUAACACUAGAAGAAAGCGGCAUGAUAAUUGAUUUACGUUUCAACCCAAAACAAUUACAUUCAUGCCCGGCAAGGUGGUAUUAUCUUGUAAUUCACAAUGAAGAUACGAAUGAAGAGGUCGUUUCUACAUUAGUUCCAUCUUUUCCAUAUAAGUUUCAACUUUUAUCAUCAUACACUUCUCUUAACGUGACUAUAUCUCACGAACAUCUCGUGUUAUUUUCAAAUUCGAUCAGCAUCAAUAAUGUUUCAUCACUGUAUGAAGCGUGGCUAAUAUCUAUUACGGCCAUUACUUUAUUCUUCGUCGUGAUAGUAAUAGCAUUUUACUUGUACCGAAGUUUUUGCAGAAAAAGACAGCAACAAAAUGAAGAACAAAUGAACAAUGGAACAGAAUUAAUGGAAAAUUCGCAUCAUUAUGAAAGUAUAUCUUCGGUGCGAGCAAGUAAUCCAGAAGCGUUGGUAACUCCUACCACGCAAGACAAAGAAGAGGAGGCGGAAGUAGUAUCAUUGAUAAAGGUGGAAGAUUUUGAGAAAUAUGUCAAACAAGCGAUACAGUCACAAUUACUGGAUAAGCAAUACAAAGCGACAAAACAGGUGAUAAAGAUAUAUACGGAUGACACUUCUUCCGAUUACAUUAACGCUACAUACAUCACCGGUUAUAAAGAAGAGAUACGUUAUAUAGCGACACAAGAACCCGAAUCAAAUACUGUCACCGAUUUCUGGCAUAUGAUUUGGCAGGAAAACGUUCUUAUUAUAUGUAUGUUAACAAACGUAGUCGAAAAUGGAAAGACAAACUGCAAACAAUAUUGGCCAAAUAUUGACAAGAAGAUGAAAUACGGUAACAUUACUGUAUUAAACGAAAAACAAAAUAUUUUCGCUUAUUACUCUUUUAGAACAUUCCAAGUGACUUAUGAAGAGGAAACUCGAAAGAUAGAGCAUUUACAAUACACGGCUUGGCCUGACUAUGACGUGCCAUUAAAUACACAUUCAGUUGUCACAUAUUUCAAGAAAUUGUUAGCGUUAUCACCAAGAGAUGGAUCCGUGGUAGUUCAUUGUAGUGGCGUUGAAAAAACGGGGAUUAUUAUUUUGUGCGACAUUUGUCUCCGUCGAGCAAAGGCCGAAGAGGUAGUCGAUGUUCUCGAAGUAACGGAAUCCAUUAGAAGCGAACGAGAUAACAUGAUUAAUAUGCAGCAAUAUCUCUUUGCGCAUGUGGUGUUAGUAGAAUGUUUGUUUUCCACUUUAACUACAGUUCCUUGUAAUGAGAUGUUAAUUACGCGAAUCAAGGAAUUGAAAGAACAAUCGCCGGCUCUUCAGCAAAGAUUACACGACACUGCAUGGCAAGAUAUAAUACUGCGACAAGGUACGUAUCCCUUAUUCUUGUCGGAAGAUAAAAUCAGUACAGUAUAUUUGAAGAAAUACCCGGCAUCGGACAAGGACAGCGAUUAUCUAUACAUUGUUUAUGUAGACGGAGUAAAACUUCAGAAUCAGUACCUAGCUACACAACUUCCCAUACAAUCGACGAUUAAAACAUUCUGGCGAAUGAUUGCCGAAUACAAAGUUGAACUUAUUCUCAUGCUACAACCGCCAGAUUGGCAGGAUCCUGCUUGCUGUGAAAUCGCUCCUACAAGUGAUGAGUUUAAACUAAUCCCACAUUUGCAUAUUACAGCGAAAGAAGUCGUGAAAGAAAAAUAUUAUACAUCACAAAAAUUAUUGCUCGUUGAUAAUUCCGAGGAACCUCCAAGAAAACAAUAUGUGACUAUAAUGUGUUUAACGGAAUGGAAACCCGGAAAAGAUCAACCACUGCCCCCAGUUGGGUCGAUGAUAACGUUUUGGCAAGCAGCUGAAAAUAUCACGAGAGUUAGAGGACCCACUGUUACUCUUUGCCAUGACGGAAUAACUGGAUGUGGUCUCUAUCUAGCAUUGAGUUUCUUGUUGGAACGAAUGGUUGUCGAAAAAGAAUGCGAUGUUUAUUUAGCGGUGCAAUCUAUCAAACGUUCAAGAAUAGAUUUUGUUUCUUCUCUGGAACAUCUGGAAUAUCUAUAUGAUGCUGUGGAGGCUGUGUUUUAGGAGUUUUUCAUAGGCUAUGCAAAUUUUUUGUAAAGCAAGAAUAAUCAAGCUAUAUUCUCGCAUACACAUACAGCAAUGCUUCGACAUAGCAUCAUGCACAAAUCAUGUGAAUAUUCAUAAUGAAAUCUCUUGCACUACGAAGAGGGUGAAACAAAGAUUGUCGAAGACUUUCUUCAAUAACUACAAAGAUGUAAUCAUACUACCGCGACAUUGAAGAUCAUAGUGAAGAAUCUUCCUGAGAAAAAAGUCCACCGUAAAAGAAAAUAACAAUGUUUUAGCUAUAUUUGAAUUAUUUUUUAAAGUUUAGCAUUCUUUUUUCAUUAUAUAAUCAUAAUCAUUUAUUGAUAUCAUCUAUACUGAUUGUAUAAUUUACUGAAAUUAAGGAAAAGCAAUUACAUUUCUUAAUAUAAUGUUUCACAUAAGAAUUGUUUGUGAAAUUCUUAAACUUGGAGCAAAAAUUUAAUAAAUAAUUUAUAGUUUUUACUAAUCUUAAAAAAUAAUUUUAAGUCCAUAAAAAAGUUAUAAACGAACGAGACAAAUAUUGUAUUUCACAAAAGCAUAUAUGUAUAAAGUGUAUGUAAAUUUUA